AUGGUAAUUUAUCAGCUGAAUAAGUAAGGAAAAGGUUUAAAAAAAUUUGACUCCCCUUUUGAUAUUAAUAAAAUGUUUAUUGAAAUUGUCCAAAAAGAACAACUUCAUUUUUAGCUUUUCAUUUUCUGUUUUUCUUUUUAUGUGUUAGAGACAAUUUCAACUUUAAUCUUCUGCUUUUAAUAACCGAAGACAGGUGAGGUCUCCUUUAUUACAUCAACAGCUGGAAAAAAGGUUGGUUUCAGAUAUUUUGAUUUUUUUUCAUAAUUAAACACAUUAUGGUCUUGUUUAGGAAGGUGGAAAAACAGCUGA